AUGGACAUCCUCUUAUCUCUCCCCGUUGCAUCCUACUUUUUCUCGGCCUCGCUCACAUCAUGGUCUACCUCGCUCAACCUCCUCUUCUUCUACAUGACCUGGUCGACACUAGUGCUCACCCACUCUCCGCUUCAAAUCGAGAUUCUGGGCAUUACAGCACUGCGCAUAGCUUUUUGGCUCCUGCCCUCUCUCCUCUUCCUCGCAUUUGACACCCUUCUGCCGUCGUUAGCAGAGAACAUCAAGUGUAAUGGGACAUCCGCCCUCCCGCCGCGCGAUGCAAAAUCCCUUGCCCGACUCACGGGCCUGGCCCUGCUCAACCUCGCUCUCGAAACCGCAGCCGAGGCGGGCAUCUCUCUCGGCCUCGCAACCCUCCUCAAGACCCCCGUCUUCCGCACCGCAACCACCCUCCCCCUCCCCUGGCAAAUGAUCAAACACAUCGCUCUCCUCUUCACCGGCCGCGAGAUCCUCACCUACUACACCCACCGCUACGUCCUGCACGGCCACCCCCCCAAACUCAAACCCACCAAAAGAACCAAACCCCCCGCCCCAACCCGCACCCUCACCAGCCUCCACACGCAGCACGCCCAUUCCCGCGCCGCCCCGCCCUUCGCUCUGGCCCUCAAAACCGACCACCCGCUCCCCUACCUGCUGCACCGCUUCCUGCCUUUGUACCUGCCCGCGCUGGCCCUGCACGCCCACAAUCUCCACUUGCUGACCUUCCUGCUGUUCGCGGGGCUGGCCACGCUGGAGGAGACGCUCACGCUGUCCGGGUACUCGGUGGUGCCGGGGAUUUUGCUGGGGGGCAUGGCGCGGCGGGCGGCGGUGCAUUUUCGGGGGGCGGGGGGGAGGUCUGGUUCCGGGAGGGUGGGGAAUUUUGGGGGGUGGGGGGUGUUGGAUUGGGUGCAUGGGACGAGUUUGGGGGGGGGUGUGAUGGCGGAUUUGAGGGACGAGGCGGAGAAGCACAGGGUGCAGGAACGGGGGGCGAGGAAGGCUGGGGAGGUGGGGGAUGCGGUAAGGGAUGGGGUGGAGGGGUGGAGGAAGGGGAGCGGGAGGCGGAAGGGGAAGAGGGGGGAGUGA